AUGAAACACAAAAGAGGUCCCUCUGAGAAGACAACGCAAGCAAAGAAAGCAAGACUAGGAGAAUCCUCCGGAUCAAGACCUCCAACACCUCUGCAUGAGCCUUCUGGUAAGUCUGACUCUCUUGCUCCCUCUGCACAUACACAAUUAAUUGCUUCUUCUAUCCCUCAACCAACACCCAUAUACACUCAAUCUGAAACUCCUCCCUCAACCACCAGAACAUCUCAUCAACCCUCCCCGAAAUUCAACCUUGCCACCACCACUCUACCCCUAUCUGAAGCUGAAAGGCUAAACGAAACCACCUCUUCAUCUUCUUCCCCAGAAUCACCCCCCUACUACACCAUCUCAUCUAACACAGAACCUUCUGACCCCUCUUCUCCCACUCUAGCCCAACUUCAGACUCAGGUCUCACAACAGCCACAACAAUCUCCACCUGAACCUGAAGUCACCUCACCACCCACAGAACAACCAAACCCAACAACAUCUGACCCUCAAUCCUCUGAACCAAACACCUCUGACACACCCCCACAAAACACUUCCGCUGAACCACAAACUCUCAACCUAAGCCUUCCCACUUCUCCACCUCCAACCUCUGAACCACAAAACACCCUGCCAACCCUAGAGGAAGCAAUAGUAUUGUUUGCAGAAGCAUCAGUUGAUAAGGCCAGAAAGGAAGCAGAAGAAAAAGCAAGGCAAGAAGAAAUUCUAAGACUCAAGAAAGCUGAAGCCAAAGCUCUAGCUAUUGCUGCUACUGCUGAAGCUGAAGCUAAAGUUGUUGCUGAAGCUGAAGCUCGUCGUGCUGAAGAAUCUGCAAACAGGGUAGAACCGGAUGCUCUCACUCAGGGGGAGUCUUCCACCUUUGUCCCUCUGGUUCUCAAGACUCUUGAAGAAGUUCAGAAGGAGCAGAAGGAAAUAUUUGCAGAAGAGUUUCUAGAAACAUCAUAG